UGAAAGACUAUUCACAAGACAUGCCAGUAGGUUUAGACCAAGGUCAGACCAAAUAGCUUAGAUCUUAGACCCUCCAGGUCUCAGUUAGCAGGUUAACGUUCAUCACAGUCCAUUUAGAACCAGACUGAAUCAGUACUGCAUGUUGGGAAGGCUGAAAGAAAAAACAGAACAUGGCAGCAGGGCUUAGGCUGGCAAAGCUGUGUCUGAACAGACCAGCAGACUUCUGGAACCAGGUCCUCUGGACAGACCAGACCACAGUGGACAUGUUUGGACUUCAUAGCAGCUGUCAGCACGGUGGUGGAGGGAUGGUGGUCUGGACACCUGCAGUCAUUGAUGGACCAUGAACUCGUCAGAUACCAGAGUCCAGACAUCAUCCUGACUGCAGGAGCCAGACAUGCUGGAGGUGAAGGAGGUCUCAGGGACCUUCAGAAAGCUGCAAACCUCAAUGACCUGAAGCAACAUUGGAAAGAAGGGGAGCAAAGUUCUUCCAUGAGAGACCGAUGACAUCAUCCAGGAAACCAGGACUGCAACUUCCUGCUGAUGUAGGAGCUUCUAGAACUGCUGAUGAUGGAGUGGAAGUAGGUUCUGUUCAGUAAAUAGGGACCUGGUCUGAUCUGUCAUGAUGAUCUGAGGUUUUAACAGCUGGUGAGUUUCACUGCUUCCUGAUCCAUGAAAACUGCUGAACGUCACCACUUCCCACCUGUGGGAAAAACUUUCUCUGAUUUCCUUAGUGAUCUACUCACCCGACUGAAGCAGCUGCAGAGCCGCUUCACCUGGGAUCUACAGGAGGAAAACCUGGACCUGGAGAGCCUGAGCAUUCGACUCCAGGAUCACAUCGAGCUCCAGCUGGGACAGCGUGGUGCAGCGGCUCGGUCAUUCAGCUUCCUGGCCUACGUCAGGUAUCUUCAGGGUCAGCCGGAGGAGGCACUGUCACUUCUAACCCAAUCAGAGCAGACGACCAAGGAGUGUUACGGUGAGGAGAACGAGCGGCGGCUCAUUGUGACGUAUGGAGACCUGGCCUGGUUAAAGUACCACACCGGAGACUACCAACAGUCACAGAGCUACUGGCAGAAAGUCCAGGACAUACUGGUAUGUACACAGCUGGGACCAGAACAUCCUGAUCCCAAAGACAUUGCUGGACCUGCAGCCCACCGAGGCCUGGACUCUACCAGACCUCAGAAGGUUCCUGAGGUAUCUAAAACUACCAGCAGCCUUGAGAGUCUGGAUCUUCUGGAUCUAGUGUGUUUCUGCUUUUGGGUCUGGUCAUCCUCCUGGAAAGAAAACUACCCAGUGGUGAAGCACCCAGCUGGUUCCUCCACAGGUCACCACCCAGAGGUGUUUGGGGAAAAGGCCUGGACCUACCUCAAGUUUUCAAGGUCUUACUACCCCAAAGCCAUGAAAUGCUUCCGGAAGGCUCUGGAGCUGCAGGCUGAGGACAGCGAGUGGAACGCCGGCUAUGCUAUUUGCCUGUUUCGAACGGAAAUGACGUCUGAAGAUGCUGAGCAGUCAUCCGCCAUCAGGCAGCUUCGCCGAGCUCUGGAGAUCACUCCCGAUGAUGGAGUUCUGCUGUCCAUGCUGGCUCUGAAGCUGUCCACCUACAACUGCCACCAGGAGGCUGAAGAUGCGGUGGAGAGAGCGCUGAAGAUCGAUCCCGAGAACCCUCAUGUCAUCCGCUACAUCGGCAAGUACCUGCGGAAUCGGGGAAAAACUGAUAGUUCUAUUGAUCUACUGAAGAGAGCUCUAGAGAGGACCAGCCAAUCAGCUUUCAUCCACCACCAGCUGGCGAUGUGCUACAAUAUCAAGAAGAAAUCUGCUCUGCAGACCAGACCUUACAAAAAAACAGAGAUAGAUGGAGAGGUGCAGCAGUGGAGGCGUCAGUGCAUUGAUCACCUUGAAAAGGCCAUCAGCAUCAAACCAUCAUUUGAUCUGGCUCGGGCUGAUCUGGCUCUGAUGUACGGAGAGGAGAAGAAUUUCACCAGGGCAGAAGAGUUGUUCCAGCGAGGUCUGCAGAGGUUACCUGAGAUAUCAGAGAAAGGCAUUAGGCAGGUGUACCAUCAGCGCUACGGCGACUAUCACUACUAUCACACCAAGACAGAGGUUAAAGCCAUCACUUCCUACAAAGAGGGUCUGUUGCUGACCCCAAACACGUGGGAGUGGAACCAGUGUGUGAAGAAGUUGAAGCAGAUAGCAGAGCGACGUCUCAGAGAGGAUGAAGACGACAGUCAGGCUUAUGCUCUGCUGGCUCAGGUGGCCCAAGCUAAGGGCGACAAGAAGAAGGCUGCAGAGUUUUAUGAGUCAGCUCUGGACUGUGAUGGAAACAACAGCGAGUUCCUGAGUGCUCUGUGUGAUCUACGUCUGGAGUUGAACAAACAGCACCUCCAGGUCAGAUGUGAUCUGUUUCCAUCUAACACACCUUUCUGUGUGAGCUGCAGCGAUGCAGAGGAUCUCCACUGCAGGCUGGAGCAGCUGCAGAGUCGCUUCACCUGGGAUCUGAAGAACAACGACCUGGAGCUGGACGACCUAAACAAGCAGCUGCUGCACGAUAUGGAGCUGCAGCUGGGACAACGGGGCGCCAUGACACACUCCUACAGAAACCUGGCUUAUGUGAGGUAUCUUCAGGGUCAGCCGGAGGAGGCGCUGUCACUUCUCAUCCAGUCAGAGCAGAAGACCAAGGAGUGUUACGGUGAGAACGAGCGGCGGCUCAUUGUGAUGUACGGAGACCUGGCCUGGCUAAAGUACCACACCGGAGACCACCAACAGUCACAGAGCUACUGGCAGAAAGUCCAGGACAUACUGGUGGAGCAUCCAACCCAGUCACCCACAGUCCUCCACCCAGAGGUGUACGGAGAGAAGGCCUGGACCUUUCUCAAGCUCUCUAAAUCCUACUAUGACAGAGCCGAGGAGUGUUUCUGCAGAGCUUUGGAGCUACAGCCUGAAGACUGCGAAUUUAACAAUGGUUACGCUAUCGUUCUCUAUCGCACAGAACAGCAUGUUUUAGGACCGCACGCUGAAGCGUCACCAGCCAUCAAACAACUUCGCCGAGCACUGGAAAUAAACCCUGACGAUGCCGUCCUGCUGUCCAUGCUGGCACUGAAGCUGCUGUACUACCAGAAGCAUGAGGAGGCCGACAGGCUGGUGGAGAGAGCGCUGGAGAUCGGACCCGAGGACACCCAGGUCAUCCGCUACGUAGCCGUAUACCUCCGUAAGAAGGAUCAGCUGGAUGAAUGUAUUGAUCUGCUGAAGAAAGUGUUGGCUAACGGCAGCCAAUCAGCUUUCAUCCACCACCAGCUGGCUCUGUGCUACCUGAGGAAGAAGAAAGACCUGCUUCACAACUGGUCCCAGGGACGCAGACUAGAGAGAGACGUGCAGCAGUGGAGGCGUCUCACUAUUCAGCACCUGGAGGAAGCCGUCCUGCUGAAGGACAGCAUGAGCCAAGCCAAGGCCGAGCUGGCUCUGCAGCACGCCGAGGACUACAACAUGACCAGAGCUCAUCAGCUGUUCGAUGAUGUCCUGGAGAAGAUGAAGGAAGAGUUCUGGAGUGUCCAUCAGGUCAUCUGUCGCUGCUACGCCGAGUUCUGCUGUUAUCACACCAAACAAAAAGAUCUCGCAAUCAUCUACUACAAAAAGGCUCUGGAGUUCAGUGUGGACUCAUCAGAGAAGAGACACUGCAUAAAGAAACUGAAGACAAUGGCAGAACGUCGUCUGGACAGGAACCCCAGAGACGCCACCGCCCACGGCAUUCUGGGAGCUGUGGCCAGAGCUGAGGGAGACUGGGAGAGGGCGGUGGAAUGCUACCAGAAAGCUCUGGAAGAAGACGGAGACAACGUGGAGUUUCUUUCGGCUCUGAGCCAUCUACAGCAGCUCUGAGGAGGAAGACCUCGGUAGACUUCGUCUUCAUCGCUGAAGACAUCAUCAUUUAUUCCACAGUCACUAAAGAAUGACUCAGCAUUUAUUGAUCAGAACCAGGAUCUGCUGGGAUAUUUUCAUGUUUUGGGGUUAACUAGAGUUCUUGAUAAGUGCUAUCUUAUGCCUUUAUGAAAGCUGAGAUUAGUGUACACACACACACACACACACACACACACACACACACACACACACACACACACACACACACAGUGCACAACAUGGGGUUGGACCAGGAAAGCACGAGGCAGCGUGGAUGUGGUCUCCUUCAGGGGUGUGGUCUAAACAUGGCUACUCUCCAGCCAAUCAGCAGCAUUCAGUGUGAAGGUUUUAUUUUCUCAGUGUCUGAUGCUGAAAAUGCUCCUCGUAAGUUUCAGGCUUCAAAUAAACAGUUUA